UAAAGAAGCACUUGCAAUCUUCAGCCUCCAAUCUGCUCCAGCGAUUGUUCAAAAUGAGCAAGAUUGUUGUUUUUACAGAAGAGGGCUUCAGGGGCAGAACAGCUGAAUUCAAGAAUAAUGUCUGCAACUUAGAAGAAAAGGGCUUCAGCGAUGUCAUUUCAUCUCUUAAAGUUAUUGGCGCACCAUGGGUAGCAUAUUACGACAAGAAUUUUGCUGGAAAGCAACGGGUGUUUCAAGAAGGAGAGUAUGCUACUCUUGAUGACAAGGGAAUGUUUUCUUCCCUCAAGAUCAUCACAGAUGACCUGGACAACCCUGAAAUCCAGCUGUUUGAGGACGUGAACUAUCAAGGAAGAAGCGGAUGCCAAGAAACCUGUCUUCACGACAUUACUUUCAGUGAUGUUGCUUCCUCCCACAAAGUGAAAGGUGGUGUCUGGGUGCUCUAUGAGCACGUCAAUCGUCAGGGUGCCCAGCUUGUGUCUUUCCCUGGGGAUGAAGUUCCCAGCUAUUUCCCGCUCUCCUUCAAUGAUGUGGCCAGCCAUGUGCAUCCCUUGCUGCCGAAGCCAUAG